CCAAUGGUCUGAAUCAACCUUCCUUUUAGAAGGCCCACCUUAAGCUUCUGCAACCUAUCUCCCUCGACGCCCUCGCUCCCGCCAGCCAGUUCUGCAAAGAUUCGACUUCCCCGGCAGACAGAGGCAGCACAGACCGCUAUAACACACACGCCAUACACAGAUCUGCGACGAGAAGAGCCUUAAAGUCAGCCUACAAGUUACUCCGCUGGUGCUUCCUCUUCAGGCGCUCGAGCUCUUGCGUUUCCGCCGCGAACGGGGCAUCUUCGAAGGGCUGCUGUCUCUUGCGAUCUUACAGAUCGGUCAAGAUGUCUGACAAGUCGGACAGCCCGCGUCGACCGACGAACAUGCCCUCGGGCGCCUCAUCGCUGUCCGAGAGAAUCGCAGCGUUGCAGCGCAAGAGCAGCGCCAGUGGCGGCCAACACCCGAGAUCGACGAGCGACUCGUCUUCGCGAGGCGCGAAUCUGUCACCGAGCGGCUCCCCCUCCCGCUCUUUCUCUGGCAGCGGCGGCGUCAACAGCCAGGGUGUCCGCGAUCGCAUCACCCGAUUUCAGACGCAAGCCCAAACGGCAGGCGAGAAGCCGCUGCUACCCAGAAGCGCAUUUGGCCAGGGCGCUGGCGCAGACGGGUCUUCCAACAGGGUGCUGAAGCCCUACCCAGGCGCCAAUGCGGCAGGCAGCGGCAGCGGUGCAUGGGGAGAGGGUGUCCUUCGGCCUCAGCUCACCGGCGGCACCUGGGUCGGUGGUGGCAACCAGGGCGGUUGGUCCGAUGGCAUUCGUCCACAGAACACCGGAGGCACCCAUGGCCUCUCUCAAUUCAGAACCAGGGGGUCACCAUCGCCCUCGCCUUCACUGCCACGGACGCCCGGAGCAGGCAAAGAUGCCUUUCUGGAGCUCGACGAGCCUAGCUCACCGACUGCCUUUGUGCCGAGGCCCGACCAUCUGCGGCGAGGGUCGAGCUUCAGCGAGGCGCAAAUGGCGGCUGCCUCUGCCGGCCUGCGACGGCCGACGAGGAACGGGAGCAGCACUGUUGGCGACGGUACCACGAGCGAGGCCGGCGCCUCCUCGGUGACCGACAGCGACGUGGCCAACCUGACUGAUGUCACCUCCACCUCCAGCAGCCUGCCCAAGCUUCCCGAUGCUCCCCAGAUUGAGCUUGACGGCGGUGCUGCUCCUGCUGCACCACAAGAUCCUACGGUGCCAAAACUGCCGUCACCGCCGUCCGAUACGCCCGUCUCGCCGGCGAAGAGCGCAGGCAGGCAGUCCCUGUCGAGCGAUGUCGAGAUUGGCGUCUCGGGCGCUUCACCCGCUAAGAUGGCCGCCCUCCGUCGCAGCCUCUCGGGUACAGGCCCCGAAGAGCAAGGAGGAGAAGGCAGUGGCGUCGCAGAAGAAGUCGAAGGCCGUGUACCUACGCCUAUGGGCGUCGAUGAGGUGGCGGCCGCGCGAGCCGACGACCCUGCGGAGGGCAUCGGACGCUUGGCUCUCGACCCUGGUUCGGGGCCAGGCGAUGACGAGAGCGACGACGGGCAUCGCGGGCCCUUGAGCACGGUGCAACCCAGCCUAACGGCCACAGAUCUGCCCAGCAGGGCCCAGGUCGAAAGGACGUCGAGCGGUCGUGUCGACGCCCAAGAUCCCCAGGCUCAUGAAGUAAUGGGCCCUGGCCUUCUCGUGCCUCAGGAUGCUGUGGCCAGCGCUGAUGCCAAGACGCACGCUGCGGCUGCUGCGUCGGAAAAGAAGAAGGAUCAUGAGCAGGAGCAGGAGCCAGAAAGUAAAGGAAAUGACACGACGGCUGCCAACGGCGAAAACGGCCAUCUCUCAUCACCUUCGUCAAAGGGCGCAGCAGCAAAGGCGCGCGAGGCCAUUGCCACUGGGCGGAGCAAAUCGAUUAGGAGACCACCGCCUGGCCGCAUGAUGUCGGCGGCCGAGAUGGACGCGAGCGAUGAUGAGUACGAACCUGGUUGGGCAAGCGUUAUCAGCCGGAGCUGAUGCGAAGAUGGCCUAGCCAGUAAUGCCUGCACUCUAUUUUCCGUCAAUACAAGCCUCUUUCAUGUGCACAAUUUCCUUUCUUUUUCGCUGCCUCGCUCUUUUGUCCUGUUCUCGUCUGUCCUUUCUUUCAUCUUCUCUACCAUCAUCAUCAACAGCUAGCCAUACAUCCGU